ACUCGACUUUUUCCCCAGAAUCGGAUCUUUCCCACGUAUUUGUUGCCUCCCUCUGCAAUUCUUCUUCACCCUUCCCCUCGACUCUCCUGGACUCUCCAGCUCAUCCUCCUCCCUUUUCCUUUUAUCUCUGUUUCAAAGCCGCCGCCACAACAACAACAACAACAACAACAACAAGACAAGGAAAAAGUAAACAAAAGAUGGAUAAAUAUUCUGGUAAAAGAGCUGUUGAUAGGAAUGUAGUCUCUAGAAAGGGGAUGUCUCAUGCAUUCAGAAAUGGUUCCUGUAGAACUUUCUCAGGAACUAGUAAUCCUCAAAAUCGUCAGUUGUGCAGCCGACUUAAUUGCAGUAGCAAAAUUCACUCUUCUAUAGUUGCUGAGAAUGGUUCCUGUAGGAAAGGCAAAUCUUUGAGGCUUUCAACCCAAUCCUCUUUAAGUGACAAGCAAGCAGUUGGAAGUUCAUGUAGAACUUUCUCAGGAACUAGUAAUCCUAGAAAGUCCCCUAAAGGGCCCCAGCAAACACUUUCCUCUAGGUUAGAGACAGAUUCAUCUGAAACUAGCAGCAGUCAGGAUGAACCUGAAGCUUCAGUUUGCAUCCCUCCAUCAGCAACUUAUCAAAGUCAGCUUCAAGCUGAACAGGGACAUGCAGAGUCUGAUCACGUGAUGCUGACAGAAGUAGCAAGCACUAGUGGUGUUUCAAAAACUAGGUCACAGAGGAAUAUUCAUCAACCUGGAUUGUAUGGUCAAGAAACUAAAAGCAUUGGCUCAGUGACACGUGCCAGUACUAGCCGAUAUAAUUCGAGGAACCUCAAGUGCAACUCGAUAAAUGAUGUCAGCUCCACAGGUUGUUCAUAUUCAAAUUCAACCAUGAAUCGACGGAAGGAUACAAUGAAGAGAAGAAAUUGUGAAAGGGAAAGUGGUUCCACUGCCAGAGGGAAGGUGAGUGGGUCUUUAUUGGAAGGACAGAAUUCUGGUUGUGGAAGUGGUAUAUCUAUUUCUGAUCCAAGAAGAUCAAGAAAUAUUCCUCCUCACAGGGACAACAUUGCAUCAGUUAGAACUCGAAGGUCUAUAAGCAGUAAUGCCCGGGAAAGGCUUCCAAGCCAUGGCAAUGCACACUCUAUGCAGCCCAAUGAAUCCUCUGCUUUGAUGCCACCUUUGCCUCAUGAACUUGUUUUUCCACAUCAUUCUUCUUCUGAGUCUCCUUUAAUUCGAUCGAGCUCCCAUAGUAGACCAGGUUCAAGCAAUGGGCAGCCUGCAUCUCCUGCAGAAUUUGACAUAACUUGUCCUCUAAUAAAUUGGAAUGGACGAUGGCACCAAAACAGUAUUGCUGAGGUAUUAUUGGCACUUGAGAGAAUUGAACAAGAUGAAGAGUUGGCAGAGGAGGAAAUUCAUUUACUAGGGACAAACUUCCUCCUUAAUGGACUAUACUUGUAUGAUCAGCAUAGAGACAUGCGGAUGGAUAUUGAUAAUAUGUCAUAUGAGGAACUUUUAGCCCUGGAAGAAAGGAUGGGUAAUGUGAGCACAGCUUUAACAGAGGAAGCACUUUCAAAAUGCCUUGAGAGAAGCAUCUAUCAGUCUACCCCUUCAGAUGAUGAUGAUGAUGAGAGGAGCAAUAUUGCUAACGACGAUAUCAAAUGCAGCAUCUGCCAGGAUGAAUAUGUUGUUGGAGAUGAAGUGGGGAGGCUGCAAUGUGAGCAUGGAUAUCAUGUGGCUUGCAUACAACACUGGCUGCGCCUCAAGAAUUGGUGCCCUAUCUGCAAAGCAUCAGCAGCACCUUCAAAUUCAGCUGUUGCCUCUAAUCGCUCCUGACCAGUGAGCUGGGAUGGUUAAAAGGCUUUUUCUUCGUUGUUUUUUAUGCUCCCCCUUCUCUCUCUCCCUCCCUCCCCCCCUCUCUCCUUUUUGUACAAAUUAGAGCUGUUACUUGCCAUUUCAUAUUGGUCAUCAUGUACAUAGCCAUUAUCUUCAUCCUUGUCAGUGACACAAGGCACUGGCUUGGCUGUGGAACUUGCUAAGUGUCCCAUCUGGAUAAGCUUCAUUUGAACGUGUUCUAAUUUGAUGGAUUUGUCCUCCUCUUUCCAUC